GUGCCGGGGAGACAGUUCAGUUCAGUGUGGCUUAGACUUCAGUCGGACGGAGUCUGGCCAACCUCGUUCCUGGUGUGUGAUUACAGUAAGUACACGAAAUCUGACUGAAGUCGACAGGUUUGUCCGCAUCGAUCACCUUGACCGAAAUACCAGAAAUUUGGCAGAAUAUCAACAGAUACUUUGUUUUAAGGAACAUAAAGUGACGUUUUAGUGCAUAAUGAGAACUGUCGCAUUGUUGAAUGACUGUUAAGUGUUUUUUAAUAAAUUGAAAAUUGCUCUUAGCAAUACUAGAAACAUAAUUAUCGCGACAAAACAAAGAUCAUUUGUAGAGUUUGACCUUUAAGAUACAGAUGCGCGUAGAAAGAAGUAGCUUUAAAACGCAAACACUAGUCACAAAUUGUAAAACGGCCUAAAUAUCAACAAGAAAAUCUAUUUUACGAGGACACAGCAUAUAUGCUAAGUAGAUAAUUAAUUUUAUCUUCUAGUUUUAUACAAUAUUCAGAUUAAAGUACUAAAGUAGUAAAGUGAAAAGUGAUAUAAUAUUGUGAAUUUAACGAGAACAUAGCGACUGGCAAAAUGCAUUCCAUACGUGCUCAUCAAUCAUUAAGUAAACACAGAAGUGCUUUACAAAUACUGAAGAUCGCUAAGAGAUACUUCGCCGCAGAUGUGGAAUAUAAACCAAUCAGGAGUGUCCUCGUCGCUAAUCGAGGAGAAAUCGCCAUUCGCGUGUUUCGUGCCUGCUCGGAGCUCGGUAUUCGAUCCGUGGCGAUUUAUUCAGAACAAGAUAAGAUGCAAAUGCACCGACAGAAAGCGGAUGAAGGUUACUUAGUAGGAAAAGGAUUACCUCCUGUUCAAGCUUACCUGAACAUCCCCGAGAUCAUUCAAGUUGCUAAGGAGAACAACGUCGACGCUAUACACCCUGGUUAUGGAUUCCUUUCAGAGAGAUCGGAUUUUGCUCAAGCGGUGACUGAUGCUGGUAUCAGAUUCAUCGGACCUAGACCUAAAGUCGUUCAGCAAAUGGGAGAUAAGGUGGCUGCUAGACAAGCCGCGAUUGAAGCUGGGGUGCCCAUCGUUCCGGGAACAGAUGGGCCGGUAACGACUUCCGACGAGGCAAUAGAGUUCUGCAUGAAACAUGGGCUUCCAGUUAUCUUUAAGGCAGCGUACGGAGGUGGAGGACGAGGUAUGAGAGUCGUGAAACAAAUGGAGGAAGUCCGUGAAAUGUUUGAUCGUGCGUCUUCCGAAGCCGCAGCUGCUUUUGGAAAUGGUGCUAUGUUCAUCGAGAAAUUCAUCGAGAGACCACGUCAUAUUGAAGUUCAAUUACUUGGGGACCACGCUGGCAAUGUCGUGCAUUUAUAUGAACGUGAUUGCUCUGUACAGCGUCGUCAUCAAAAGGUUGUCGAGAUCGCGCCAGCUCCGUCAUUAUCAAUCAAGAUUCGUGAUAAAAUGACUGAAUAUGCAGUUAAAUUGGCAAAACAUGUCGGUUAUUCGAAUGCUGGUACUGUGGAAUUCUUGGUCGAUGAAUCUGGAAAUUUUUAUUUCAUUGAAGUCAACGCCAGAUUACAAGUUGAACAUACAGUAACUGAAGAAAUAACAGGAAUUGAUCUUGUGCAAUCUCAAAUUCGAAUAGCCGAAGGCAUGACAUUGCGAGAGCUCGGUAUGACGCAAGAAAAAAUUAAUCCUCAAGGAUUCGCGAUCCAAUGCCGAGUGACUACGGAAGAUCCAGCUAAGAACUUCCAACCGGACACCGGAAGAAUAGAAGUCUUCCGUUCUGGCGAAGGCAUGGGUAUCCGAUUAGACGGAGCUUCUGCAUUUGCUGGAGCUAUAAUCUCACCAUAUUAUGAUUCACUUCUUGUUAAGGUAAUCGCCCAUUCUGGUGAUCUUCAGUCAUCGUGCGCCAAGAUGAAUCGAGCUCUCCGCGAAUUUCGUGUACGCGGAGUAAAAACAAAUAUCCCUUUUCUAUUAAAUGUUUUGGAAAAUCAAAAGUUCCUUAACGGCAUCGUCGAUACAUACUUUAUCGACGAGCAUCCUCAGCUCUUUCAGUUGCAGCCAAGUCAGAAUCGAGCGCAGAAGUUGCUAAAUUAUCUCGGUACAGUUCUUGUGAACGGUCCGAGUACACCAUUAGCUACUCAGCUAAAGCCGGCGGACAUCAAACCGCAUAUUCCACAGAUUGCUAUAGACUUUGCUAAGCUUGCAGCUGCAGAAGAAACCAAUGAUCCCGAUGCACCAGAUAUUUUGGAUCCUCCACAAGGAUUCCGUCACAUUUAUAAGGAGCAAGGUCCGGAAGCCUUCGCCAAAGCUAUUAGACAACACAAAGGUCUUCUUUUAAUGGACACUACAUUCCGCGAUGCUCAUCAGUCUCUUCUGGCAACUCGUGUGCGAUCGCACGACCUGCUGACAAUCUCUCCAUUCGUCGCGCACAAAUUUAAUAAUCUUUAUUCAUUGGAGAACUGGGGCGGUGCGACUUUUGACGUAGCCCUGAGGUUCCUCCACGAGUGUCCUUGGGAACGGUUGGAGGAUAUGCGCAAGGCCAUCCCCAAUAUCCCGUUCCAAAUGUUGUUAAGAGGCGCUAAUGCUGUUGGUUACACAAAUUAUCCUGAUAACGUGGUUUUUAAAUUCUGUGAAUUGGCUGUGAAGACCGGCAUGGAUGUUUUCAGGGUAUUCGACUCACUCAAUUAUUUGCCAAAUCUGAUUGUUGGUAUGGAGGCCGCCGGAAAUGCUGGAGGUAUCGUUGAAGCGGCAAUUUCCUAUACGGGCGAUGUGAGCGAUCCGAAUCGUACCAAGUACAACUUGAAGUAUUAUGUCGAUUUGGCGGACGAAUUGGUCAAAGCAGGUACUCAUGUUCUAGCAAUCAAAGAUAUGGCCGGAUUGCUCAAACCAAGAGCAGCCGAGAUAUUGAUUGACGCGAUCAGACAGAAGCAUCCGGAUGUACCUUUGCAUAUACACACUCAUGAUACCGCUGGAGCUGGAGUGGCUUCCAUGUUGGCUUGUGCAAAGAGCGGCGCCGAUGUUGUGGAUGUUGCUGUUGAUAGCAUGUCCGGCAUGACUAGUCAACCUUCUAUGGGUGCUAUUGUUGCUUCUCUUCAAGGAACGGACAUUGAUACAAAACUAGAACUUUCUAAUGUCUCGGAAUAUUCUGCAUAUUGGGAACAAACGAGAACGCUCUAUGCACCCUUCGAAUGUACAACAACGAUGAAGUCUGGAAAUGCGGACGUCUAUCUUAAUGAAAUUCCUGGUGGACAAUACACAAAUUUGCAAUUCCAAGCUUACUCGCUCGGUCUAGGUGAAUUCUUUGAAGAUGUGAAGAAAGCAUAUAGACAGGCUAAUCUCUUGCUCGGUGACAUUAUUAAAGUCACGCCAAGCUCCAAGGUUGUCGGAGAUUUGGCGCAAUUUAUGGUUCAAAAUAAGCUGACGGCUGAUGAUGUACUAAAUAGAGCAGAAGAAUUAUCGUUUCCUAAAUCGGUGGUCGAGUUUCUUCAGGGCGCUAUUGGUGAACCUCACGGAGGAUUUCCUGAACCAUUGAGAUCAAAAGUUCUCAAGGACAUGCCACGCGUGCAGGGCAGGCCAGGCGCGAGUUUGUCACCACUCGACUUUACCGUCUUGAAGAAAGAGCUGCAAGAAUCUCAUCCACACGUCACCGAAAAGGACGUCAUGUCGGCCGCGCUUUAUCCUAAAGUAACGAAGGAUUACCUAAGUUUCAAAGAACAAUUUGGUCCAGUAGAUAAAUUAGACACCAGAGUCUUCCUUACGGGACCUAAAGUGGGCGAGGUAUUCGAUGUCACAAUUGAAAAGGGUAAAACUCUCGGUAUCAAAACUCUGGCAGUUGCCGAGGAUCUUACGAAGAAUGGUGAACGCGAGGUAUUCUUUGAAAUGAAUGGCCAGCUGAGAUCUGUGUUCAUCAAGGAUAAAGAGGCUGUCAAGGAACUUCAUGUGCAUCCGAAAGCUGUAAAAGGUGAUAGCAAUCAGCUAGGAGCGCCGAUGCCCGGUGAAGUGAUUGACAUCAGGGUAAAAGUGGGUGAUACAGUAGAAAAAGGCGCACCAUUAGUCGUAUUGUCAGCCAUGAAGAUGGAAAUGGUCGUACAGGCGCCAAGAGCAGGAAAAAUUAAGAGUCUUGAUAUUAAUUUGGGUAUGAGACUUGAAGGAGAUGAUCUCGUCUUGACAUUCGAAUAACUCGACUCUCGUAUUAAUGAAACUGUAAGUCAAUUCGCAACUUCUUCGCUUAAAGAUGACAAUGAAUAUUUAUUGCAAAAUCUGUUUGCUUCGAUAAUCUGUGUGAAAGAUAUUAAGCUCUUCAUCAUACGAAAUCUUUGCUAUACGGAAUUUAAAUCUUUUUCUAUUAAUUCUAUUUUUAUACAUUUCUGUGAUCAAUAAUUUUGUUUAGAAUCGUCGAUCACUAUAUAUCGAAGUAGCCAAGUGGACAAAUUCGAUUCUUUAUUAUAAAUGAAUUUUUGCCAUAUAUUGUAAAACUUUUGUAAUAGUUAUUAUUCUAUUUAUUAGGUUGUAUAUAUUUAGAAAAUCACAUCCUAUAUGAUAUGCUAUAUAAAAAACUGUUUUUUUUUUAAAUGUAGACAAUUAACACAGACUGUCACUUAACGAAACAUACAGUUUCGUGUAGAACAAAUUAUUUUGUUAAUUUAUCUUUAUUUUUAAAAACAUUACAGUUUUAUUUU